CCCGUUCAAAACCCUAGCCGAUAUGUCGUUCCGUCCUUCGAUCAAGUUCUUUCCUCCACCGGCUCCGCCGUCGCGGAAGCAGCGCAAUCCCUGAUUCCUCCCGCGUCCGAAACCCUAAUCGAUCGAUCUGUUGCGCGAAUGGCGAGCUCGUAUGACUACGAUGAUGCCUCUCUCGACUCCCGGUACACGCGGCCGCCGUCAGCCGGUCAGGGAAGCGCCGGCACGGAUCAGGGGUAUGACCCUAACUUCGUGCCGGACUCCGUGAAGACCUUCGUGGUUCACCUCUAUCGCCACAUCCGGGAGAAGAACGUGUACGAGAUCCACCAGAUGUACGACGGCAGCUUCCAGCGGCUCAGCGACCGGAUGUUCCGGGAGAGCCCCUGGCCCUCCGUCGAGGCCAUCGCCCCCUACGUCGACAACGACCACGUCUUCUGCCUCCUCUACCGUGAGAUGUGGUUCCGUCACCUCUACGCCCGGCUCUCCCCCACGGGGCGGCAGCGGGUGGAGUCGUGGGACAACUACUGCAGCCUCUUCUCGGUCGUGCUCCACGGAGUAGUCAACAUGCAGCUUCCCAACCAAUGGCUGUGGGAUAUGGUGGAUGAGUUCGUCUACCAGUUCCAGUCAUACUGUCAGUACCGGGCCAAGCUCAAGAACAAGACCGAGGAGGAACUGCAACUGCUCCGGCAGUACGAUCAGGCAUGGAAUGUGUAUGGGGUUCUCAAUUACUUGCAAGCUUUGGUGGAGAAAUCAGCCAUAACUGAUGUAUUGGAAAGGGAAAAAGAAGGCUUGGAACAAUUUGCUGCUACUGAUGGAUAUGAUUAUGAAGGAGGGACUAGCAAUGUUCUGAAAAUGUUAGGUUAUUAUAGCAUGAUUGGGCUACUGAGGGUACAUUGCCUUCUGGGAGAUUAUCAUACUGGUUUAAAGUGUUUGGCUCCCAUCGACAUCAGUCAACAAGGUGUUUACAAUGUUGUAAUAGGAAGCCACAUAUCCACCAUAUAUCACUAUGGGUUUGCAAACUUAAUGCUGCGAAGGUAUGUUGAAGCGAUACGUGAAUUCAAUAAGAUACUACUGUAUAUUCUCAAGUACAAGCAGUUUCAUCAGAAGUCACCACAGUAUGAUCAGAUACUGAAGAAAAAUGAGCAGAUGUAUGCAUUAUUGGCAAUUUGCCUUUCUUUGUGCCCUCAGAACAAUCUUGUUGAGGAGAAUGUGAAUUCACAGUUGAGGGAUAAGUACAAUGAGAAGAUGACAAAGAUGCUGAGGUAUGAUGACGAAGCAUAUGCUGUGUAUGAUGAGCUCUUCACAUAUGCCUGUCCCAAAUUUAUAACUCCAUCAGCUCCAGUUCUGGAGGAACCUCUUACGAAUUACAACCAGGAUGCUUACAGACUUCAGUUGAAGUUGUUUCUUUAUGAAGUAAAGCAACAACAGUUGCUUUCUGGUGUGCGCAGUUUCUUGAAGUUGUACUCAACCAUAUCAAUAGGGAAACUUGCUGCAUACAUGGAGGUGGACGAACCCACUUUGAGAACCAUCUUGAUGACAUACAAACACAAGAUGCAUGCCGUUGAUGGUGACGGAAAGAUCAUUCCAAAUGCAGAUGUGGACUUCUAUAUUAGUGAGGACAUCGUCCAUGUUGUGGAGUCCAAACCAACAAAGCGCUAUGGUGACUAUUUCUUGCGUCAGAUCUUAAAGUUCGAGGAGAUGAUCGGCGAGCUGGACAGAAUAAAGAUGGACUGAUUCUCUGUGCUGCAUGCUCCGCUUUUUACCAUCGAAGGGCAGGAUAGUGUUCUGUUUCCUUUUUAAUUUCUGGUAGUGAGUUAUCCUCUAUGGAAGUCCUACAACGUGAUGUUCUAGUAUAAAUUUUGGUAUCUUUAUACUGUCGUUUUGCAUGCCGAAGGCUGAUCAGCCCAUAUGCUUUAUUGAUUUACCCAUAUACAUGUGGUUCAGUAAUCUUGCA